UUCUUCUCAUAAGCGCUUUUGGUCCAAGUGUUUUUAUUUGAAACAUAUUUUUCCUCAACUUAAAAUGGACCCUAUAGUUUUUGGGAGUUUUAUAUUGUUAUCCUGUUUCUUUCUUACUUCAAAGCUUUUUUUUAAUUUAAAGAAAGUAUGAGUUCAUCUCCCUCUCUUGGGAUUUUUAUCAUCACUGAACUUGUUAUCUUCUUUGAAGCUUAUUAUGCUCACAGCAAGCCAACAAUGUUUUCGUUGAACGAGUAACAAUAUUAGUAUGGCAUAUACUGUCAGUAUUAGACUUAGUAGCCAUCAUCAUGCCAUCCUCCGUUUGCCGUCUCCAUCUUUCAAAGCUUUCCGCCAUGUUCAAACCCUCGGCCAUUUCAAUGCUUCUUCUCAGGGACAACCGAAUUUGGAAUUGCAUCAAGGCUGUCUCCAAAGGCCAAAUCUGAUUCCAGCCCUAUCGAAAGCAUUUAAUGUAUACAGCUGUAACUUUGAGAUAACAAAUCUCGGCCGCUAUGGCAAAGUCAAAGAAGCAAGGAAUCUGUUCGACCAAAUGCCUGAACGGGACGCUGUCUCUUAUGCUUCCAUGAUUAAUGUUUACUUGAAGAACCACGAUCUUCCCAAUGCAGAGAAGCUCUUCCAGAUGAUGCCCACAAGUAGUCUUGUUGCUGAAUCUUCAAUGAUUAACGGCUAUGUGAAAGCCGGCCAUAUAGAUGAGGCUCGUAAAGUUUUUGAUCACAUGGCGAACAAAAAUGUGUACUCUUGGACCAGUUUGAUUUCUGGGUAUUUCAGUUGCGGACAAGUUGAGGAGGGUCGCCGGCUUUUUAAUCAUAUGCCUGUCAAAAAUGUGGUCUCCUGGACUACUGUGCUUCUGGGUUAUGCCCGCAACAGCAUGAUUGAUGAAGCUCGCCAUGUUUUUGGCCUUAUGCCUGAAAGGAACACCGUCUCUUGGACCGUUAUGAUCAAGGCUUUUGUUGGGAAUGAUCAAUUAGAUGAGGCACUCGAUCUCUUCAAUAAUAUGCCGCAACGUAACCUAUAUACUUGGAAUAUCAUGCUCUCAGGUUAUCUAAAUGCGAAUAGAGUAAGUGAAGCCAUCAAACUCUUUAAUUCAAUGCCUCAAAGGAACGCAAUAUCUUGGACAACUAUGGUUACAGGUCUGGCAGACAACAAUAUGGUUGAACUUGCCAGGGGGUACUUCGAUCGGAUGCCUAACAAAGACGUAGCUGCUUGGAAUGCUAUGAUCACAUCAUAUGUUCACGAAGGCCUCAUGACAGAAGCUAGCGAGCUAUUCUAUUUGAUGCGGGAAAGGAAUAUUGUUACUUGGAAUGUGAUGAUUGGUGGUUACGCCAAAAGUGGGUCCAGAGGGGAAGCCUUAAAGUACGUAAUUCUCAUGCUUCGGUUUUGCUUUAGGCCUAAUGCAACUACCAUCACUAGCAUGUUGAGCUCAUGUGAGGGCAUGAUGGAGCUCAUGCAAGCUCAUGUACUGGUCAUAUCUCAUGGGUUUGAUCAUGACACAUUAGUUGCAAAUGUUCUUGUUACUAUGUAUUCCAGGAAUGGAGAUGUUACCUUUGCUAGGCUUGUUUUUGAGCAUCUUGGGGCUAAGGAUGCGGUAUCAUGGACUGCAAUGAUAUUAACAUAUUCAAACCAUGGAUAUGGUCACUACGCAUUACAGGUCUUUGCACGCAUGCUACGAUCAGGAGCCGAGCCAGACGAGAUUACUUUUGUUGGAGUCUUAUCAGCUUGUAAUCAUGCUGGUCUUGUCGAGAAGGGUCAAAAGCUUUUCAAUUCAAUUAAUCUUGCUUAUGAUUUGAAACCAAAUGGUCAGCACUAUUCCUGCCUUGUGGACAUCUUAGGCCGAGCAGGAUUGGUGGAUGAGGCUACACGGGUGGUAUGCGAAGAAAUGCCUGCUUGUGAGCAGGAUGCUGUUGUUCUAGGGGCAUUGCUAGGUGCAUAUAGGUUGCACGGUGGUGAUGUUAGAAUGGCAAAUCGUAUAGGUAAGGAGCUACUAGAGUUAGAGCCAGCCAGCUCAGGGGCUUACGUACUCUUAGCUAACGUGUAUGCUGCACAUGGGAAGUGGGAAGAAUUUGCUCAAGUAAGAAAGAAGAUGAAGGAGAGAAGAGUGAAGAAAGUUCCUGGUUUUAGUCAAAUAGAAGUGAAGGGCAGGAGCCAUAUAUUUUUUGUUGGGGACAGAUCUCAUCCUCAGGCCGCUGAGAUUUAUGGACUGCUACAAGAGAAGCUUCUACCACAAAUUUGUGAGAUGGGAUACUCAAAAGGCAACUCAUCUUUCUUCUGUAGCCACCAAAUAAGUGAAUCAUAAUGAUAAUAUUGAACAAUAAUAUUACCAACACACAAGAUGAGACUUACCACCGUGGAGUGGCUUUUUGCAAAAAGAUGAGGGGGGAAAGCUCCAAGCUGAAGUACUCCCGACACCUGAUUUCGCAUCCCUUUGAGCUACAAUUUGAACCAUUUUAUUGUUACUGCGUAACAGAUGAAGAGAGUUGAAAGUUUGGGGAAGUUUAUACCUUUGAGUAGAAAUAUUAAAGUAUGCUGCUGAAGGAGGGAAACAAGUUUUGCUUGGAAGAUAUUUUGAAUUACCUAGGGAGCUUCACCGGAACAACACCAAUUUUGCUUGCUUUUUCAGCAAUCCACCCACCAAAAUUAAUGGCAACUAAGUACUUCUCAUUGGCUACCAGUCCCAACACUCAACCCACCUCAUUUUCUCUAUGAAUA